AUGGAGAACAUUUUCGCACAGCAACAAAUAGUCGAUGAUUUUGAACAGUUAACGCUAGUGAUAUGCAACCUGGACCAAUGUGCGUCAUCAGUGAUAUCGGAUAUAAUUAUGCAACACCCACCACAACAAGCCUAUGCUACCCUCAAGACAGUGUUAAUUUCGCGUUACACAAAACCUGUGCACCAGCAGAUAACACAGCUCCUGUGCCACGAGAAAAAUGGUGACAGGUCACCUUCAUACUUUUACUGCCAUUUAUGUGCUAUGGUGGACCCUUCUGUGUUCUCAGACACAUUACUUGUGCACAUCUGGCAACAGCAGUUACCUCCGCAGUUGUGCUUAACCUUAAUUGCUUACGAGGGCCGGCCAUUAAAUGAGUUGCUGCAAGUGGCUGAUAUACCACACUCCAUGUUCAACUCGCGCUCCACAGUGGCCAACGCCACAACCACCUUGACCAACGACACCAGCCGAGCACGGCCGGAGCCGAUUGAGGUGGCGCCUCCAGCUUGUGCUGCUACAAUCACACGAUGA